CAAUGUCAAAGUUCUGAACGUAAUUAAUAUAUUCUUUAAAACUAUUUUUUAUUUGUAUAUUUGAACCAUUUACUGUUUUGUAUUUUUAUUUAGAAUUAACUUAUUUAAUGUGAAUUUUGUUACACAUUCUAUCAUAGUGUUGCUUCAAAUGAUAAAAGUGGAAAAUAUGACUUGGUGACGUUAAGGAAAAAAGUUAACCGCGAUGCUUCUGAUCAAAAAUAAUGUGAGAUGGUAUUUUUAUAACAUCCUAUGUACAUAUAAUAGCAAAGGCCAAAGAAGGAAUUUAUUCAUUGAUAAUGGCGAAUACAGAAGAAAUAGAAAAUGUGGUUUUUAUUACAAAUGAUCCAUCAAAUUCUAGUAAUGAUAAUUUAGAUUAUAACUUUAGCAACAUUUACGAACAAGUGCCAGUAAUUAGUUACAGUCGUCUUUCUGAAGAAAAGGAACCACCUGAACAUUCUACUUACAUUGGAAAGUUAAAUGAACAUGAUGAAAAUGCAGGAUAUAUUCAUCAUACCAUAUCACCUGACAGGAUAUAUAUGCACAUUCAUCCAGGCAGCUCAGGGAAUAUGCCUGAUGAACCAUCAUAUGCCACACUCACCAUAACUAGCACAGAUCCUGAAACCAAAGAAACCCGAGUUAAUCGAUUUCAUUGUGAAUUUGAUGGCUGUACAAGAACAUAUAGUACAGUUGGAAAUCUUAGAACUCAUAUGAAAACACAUAAAGGUGAAUAUAGAUUUAUGUGCAAAGAGCCGAGUUGUGGUAAGGCUUUUUUGACAUCGUAUAGUCUAAAAAUUCACGUAAGAGUACACACCAAAGUAAAACCGUUUGAAUGUAGUCAUGACGGUUGCGAGAAGGCUUUCAACACCCUGUACAGGCUUAGGGCACACCAACGUUUACACAACGGCACUACGUUUAAUUGUGAGUCUGAUGGAUGCAUGAAGUUCUUCACUACUCUAAGUGAUCUUAAGAAACACAUCCGUACCCAUACUCGUGAACGACCCUAUAAGUGUGAUGAAAAUGGAUGUGGAAAGGCUUUUGUUGCAAGUCAUCAUUUGAAAACUCAUCGUAGAACGCAUAGUGGCGAAAGACCAUAUGCAUGUGCUGAGAACAAUUGUACAAAGGCAUUUUCUACUCCUCAUAGUCUUAAAUCUCAUGUAAAGAUUCAUCAGCGAGCUCAGGAGCGGGGGCCCGGGGAUAAUUCUACAUCUAGGGAGGAUAAAGAGAAUAAUUGUUCAGCUACUACAGUUAGUGAAAAUAAUAAUUUAUGUUCAUUGCCAAAUAGCAAUUUGCAAUCAUCAAGUUCAAAAUGGAUUGAAAAUGUGAAAUCUAAAACUAAUGAAGGUUGUAUUGAGAAUAAUACCAAAAAAAAUAGCACUGUGACAUCUUCUGAAGAAAACAGUUCAUUUUCUCAAGAUUUAAGUAUUCUCAAAGACUCUUUAGAUUCUCUGUUGAAUUCAAGUGAUCUACAAAAUAUUUCUGUUUCACCAAUUACAUCAGACAACUUUAGUUCUGGCCAAAUUCAAAAUCAGUUUACAGAAAUGCAUCAGCAGGAAUCAUCUAAUAACGUGUUUGUUAGUGAUUUACUUAAACAUUAUGCUACCGUUCAAACCAUUGAACCAGUCAAUACUCAAUUGUCUUUUAAUAUUGGCACUGAAAAUACUGAAAAAACUGAAACCUUGGCAAAUCUCGAAAUUGGCUUAGAAGAAAGUUCAGUUAAAACAGAAAUCCAAAAUAGUGGCAUUGAGAUCUACAAUUUGAAUGCAAACAAGAACAGUAAUGAACUAAAAGAAACGACUAAUUUGGACUUGAGUAUCUUAACCACAGACAGUCAGGAAUUACUUAAAGACAUCUUUAAUAUAACAGCUAAAGACGUUCAAAACGAGUUCUGUAAUGGUACAACUUCUGACAGUGCUCCUUCCAUGUCUGUAGCAGGAGGUAUUCAAGUAGAUAGUCUUCUGAAUCGUCAGUGUUCCAUGGAAAUCCAAGACAUCGAUCUGGUGGAUUUAAAUAAGCAAAUUUACACUCCAGAAGCACUGGAAAUGUCGUUGGCUUGUGAAGAAGAAAUGCCCUCUGAUUGGAUUGAUGUAAUGGACCUGGCCGUUGGUAACGGACUUAACAUUUUUGAGCACAACGCUGUUAAUGACAAUCAAAUAACAGCUUUACCCACUGCUAUACCCACGUACGUUAAUCUGGAAGUUCCUCAACAAAAUGUCACUUUGAACGAGUUAACAUCUGCAAAGAAGUCUCAAGAUAAAAGUAAUAAUAGUCAGUAUAUCAGUAUGGUUCAUUCGAGCCCUCAAUUCUUCACUAAUAAUAAUUUUCCUGAAGAAAAUACUCCCAAUAAAAAUGCAGAUGUCCUCAAAGAUUUGACGGCCGAUGCUGAUAUUUGCAAAUGCGUGGAUUGCAAAUGUGAUACUAAUAAUUGCUGUCACGAAGGAGGGGCUAAUUUAUGCUUUUCUCCUUCGUCCAUGUCGUCUGGUAAAUCUCUACCUUCUGUAUCUUCUUCAUCAUUCUCUCCUGUUAGUUCCUCGAAACAAAAUCCUUCUUCAUUACCUCCCUUGCCCAUUAGUUGUUGUAAAAAAGAUGUAUCCGAAUUAUGCGCAGCACAAGUUGGUACAGUGAAUAAUUGUACAAAAGAUUCGAAAGGAGAUUGCCCAAAGGAAUGCUGUAUAGUUGUUUGUUUGAGUUCGUUUGACGAACUUAAACAGAUAAUUGGGGUUUCUAAUGGAUUUGAUAAUUUUUCGAAAAUUUCGUACGGUUGUGUUGAAGUACCCGCAAUUAAUAAUGCUUAGAAAAAUUAAAAUUCAAUUAUUUCUGAAGUUUACUAGAAAUUUUUGUAUCUUGUGUACAACAGAAUUUAUUUUGUUUCAGUCUAGGCCUUAAUUUAAAUAUUUUAAAAUUAUAUGGACCUAAGAAAUUUUAUUGACG